AUGAUAAAAUACUACCUCUGUUUUUUAGAUGAGAGUUAGUUCUCUCUCCUGUUUAAGUAGGAUUUUCAGUAAACAUAGUUACCCCUUAAUACUCACUCUAGAUUAGGUUAUUAAUUGGAGGUAUGUGAGGAUCUGAUUUUAUCUUAAGAGAUGCAUCAAUUGUAUUAUCAAAACUCUAUACUUACUAAAGGGAUAUAUUUUAUGGAGAAAAGCUAUUUUUUUUAAUUUGAGGAAGUUAAGAUUGUGUUCUCUUCCUAGAUAGCUUUUUAUUGUGAGGUCUAACUGUAGUUAUAAUAUCACUUAGCUCAAUAGCUUUUUAUUCUAAUUAAAUUUUAGGAGGAGAGACUGAUUUCUUACUUAACUUGCUGGGAGAAUGAAAUCUUUAAGAGAGUUUAAUGGGUGAAUUAGAUUUUUUCGAUAUUUUACUUAUAUUAAUACUUAUAUCCACAUCAAUUUACUAUAUGUAAUCCUUAUUUUUUUUAGGACUUUUCAAAAUUUACAUAAGUUAACUUUAAUCUUUUAGGCCAAUUUGUUAUGGAUUUGUUUACUUCACAGCCAUUGUUCUAGGAGUUAGAAUGUUUCUACAUUAUGGACAAUUUUUUUACUUUUUAAUCCAUUCUUACAAGCAAUCCGCAUGGAAAUGGUGAGAACAAUAAGUUUUUCUAAUAUCUUCAUCUAAUUCAAAUUCGCAAAGACAGACAGGACAUGCUGGUUCCUCUUCUUGUCCUUAUUACAAUUGAUUUUUAAGCUCCUAAGUGUAUUUGA